UGAAAACUGCCGUAGAUAAAUCAAGCUUCGAACCUCCAACUAACGACAACUGAGUUUAGCCGAGUCACGCCACGUAAAACACUUCAGCCUCCAGCAAUCAAAGCGCCGUCCACUUCUAUUUUCAAACUCUUCCAGCUUGCUGGAACUCAAUAAAAAAAACCUGACCACCCAAUCUCACCCUCUCUCUCUCUCUGUGUUUCGUUCCAUCUUCUAUAUUGCAUGCUCUAGACAUGGCUUCUCUUAGAACCCUUGCUUUUAUUGCAAUCUUUCUUGUUCUGCAUCUUAAGAUUGCUAAAAGUGACUUUUUAUCUCCACUUUUGUCUCCCGUGUUUGAUGAUGUAUGCAAAGAAGUGGAAUGUGGAAGAGGAAAAUGCAGGCCGUCUUUAAAUGGAACAUUUCCUUAUUAUAUGUGUGACUGUGAUCUUAAUUGGAAACAAACUCGGGCUGACAGUGAUGAUCAUCUCAAGUUUCUCCCCUGCAUUGUUCCUAACUGUACGCUAAAUUCUGCUUGUGCAGCGGCUACCUCCCCUGCGCAAGAAAAGGCAGCCAAAGCGAAUGAGUCUAUCCUUGAUAUCUGCAGCUGGACUAACUGCGGAGGCGGGUCAUGCAACAAGACAUCACCAUUUACAUAUGAUUGCAAAUGUUCGGAGGGUUAUUUUAAUCUUUUUAAUGUCUCUGCCUUCCCAUGCUACACAGAAUGUGCAAUUGGAAUGGAUUGCGCAGACCUUGGGCUCUCAGUGUCAAAUAAGUCUACUUCCACAGCGCCAACAUUGUCUCAAAAUGAUGUGAAUCAAGUUCAACCCUUUACUUCUCUCUGUACCCAAUCGGGCGACAAUGAUGUAGUUCAACCCUUUACUUCUCGCUGUACCCGAGUACUUAGUUUAUUGGUUGGUGCAUGAUCCCCUUCCUAAAGAGCAAGGUGGCUUGAAGCUUCUAGGGAAUGGUCAUUGGGUGAUAAUCUCAGUGUUGUUGAUGGCUAUGGUUGCUUGAUUCGUAUAGAUGAAGCUGAUGCUCAGGGUUUCCUGUUUCAUGAUCCAGAUAGGACAUAGAAAUUCUAGCAUCAAGCAGCAGCAUUGCUUCUUGUGUUAUGGCGAUUAUAGUUAGAUGUUAUGUUUUCUAUGUAAAUUUUUCAUCUCAUAUCAGUAAGUCUGCUUUGCCGUACAGUUGUAGGAGGAAUUAGUUCCUGUAGCCAGUGCUUGCAUAUGAUAUAGUAGGAGAUUUUUUGGAGUUCACUUAUGGAUGAUGGCAGUUAUUUACAGGUUGUGUAUAGAACAUCAUGGCCAUGAUUGUAUUAUUUCUUGUUAUCCAUUUAAGAGAUUCUGAGCUUGGUGUUGGUUUGUGUAA